UUUUUUUAUUGACCGAUACAUAUCUGCUGAGGAUCAAUUAACUAACACACGCGAUCUAAAUAAAAGGUUAUAAAGACAUAAAAGGUUUCUUAUUAUUAAAAAAUAUUCAAAUAGUUGAACACAUGGAGACGUUUUUAAAUAUUAAUUGGGAAACUGAUUUAACUGAUAUUGUAGAUAAUGAAUUUAUUAAUGGAGAAAGAUUAAUAAAAGAAAGCGUAAUGCAUAGAAUGUUACAUGGAGAUUUUAAAAAUCCAUUCAAUUACAUGGAUGAAGAUUAUGCAGCAGUUAAAGUCGAUAUGAUAGAAAUAAGUGAUGAUAGUUCAGAAGAAAGCGAAUACAAUGUCUGUGUAACUAAAUUAAAUGAAUUACAAAAAAAACUAUAUAUACCAGGUUAUGAAAGAUUUCCAUCUCAAUUUCCGAUGUCUGCUUUGACUGCUGAGGAACAAAAUAUUUGUUUACGUAUGAUAAUGAAAUUUUCUAUUAAUCAACAAUCAGUUUUAACCCUUAAAGAUAAACAAAAUCUAUGUACCUAUCGUAGGAUUAAACAUAUCAUAAGGCAAGAACAAGAUCAAUAUUCGAAGAUUGUUGAAAAGAUAUGGGAAAAAAAUAAAUGGAAAAAGAUUUAUUGCGAGGAUUUUUUUAACGCACGAUGGAAAUAUAGAUCAGACUACAUUCUUACAUUACCAAAAUAUUAUCUCGAAGAAACAUAUAUUCCUUUUAUUUUGGAUGAAGAAAUCAAUGUAGAAUUUUUAUCUACUUGCUUAAGUAAGGGAGAACUACCAGAAAUAAAAUUACCAACUCUGACUAAACGUUUUACAUUAGAUUGCAAUUCUGAAAGAUUACAAGAAUAUUUUCCAAUAUUAAAUAAAUCCUGCAAUCCACCGGUGCAUUUCAAAUUAUCUGUAAGCAAAGAUCCAACUUGUAAAUCGUUGGCACAAGAUAAUGAAGUAGAUUUAGUUAUUUCAUCAAGCGGUCUAAACUGUUUAGCAUCUAACGCUGGACUAACUGAUUUAAAAGCAUGGAUGUUACCUGUAACGAUUAAAUAUUUUAAUGGGAAAAAUAUUAUAUAUAUUAACAAGCCAGCACCACCGGUUUCUGCUAAUAUACCAGAAAAAAAUCAUUUUGUAUUUAAAUAUAUUUUAAGAAAAGCUAUAUUUCAACAUGAACCUGUAUCUGAAAGGUCAGAUGGUAUUACAAUAUAUGACGAUGAUGAUAUGUUCGGAAAUCUUUAUUCCGAUGAUUAUAUAUCACUCGAAAAAGAUAACAGUAGCUCGAUUAGCAGUUCGAACAACACAAAACUUAUGGAAGAUUUUGAAAAUAAAAGUAUGAAUAAAGAUGAUGUAUCGAAAUUAAAGAAAAGUGAUUGUUUAAACACAUCCAAAUUAAAGGAAGAAAUGCAUAAUAUAGAAAAACAAUACCAUAAAAAAGAAAAGGGCGAUACGAAACCAUACAGCUCAAGUUGCGUAUCAUAUAAUCUUUUUAAAAUUGGACCAUCUUCCAAAGAGAAAAACUUUUUAAUGAAAAGUACACUUAAAGAGUAUAAAAUAUUAGUUCGUACAAAGGAAGAUGGGUAUGAGAAUUCACAGGAAUCAACAAGACAAAAAAUAUUAUUGGUACCAAAAUUGGAGCAUCAAACUGCAUUUGGAGGAGAAGCUAUAACAUUAAAUGAAGGAUUGAAACAAUGGAUAUCUUUAAUCUUUCGUCCUGACACAUGUAUCGCAAGAGUGAGAAUAUCAAUGAGCAAAACAGAAAUAAUACAAAUACAAAAACGCAAUGCCUUGGCAAUUUGUAAUGAAGUCAAACGGCUUUAUAAUAAAAAAGUAAAUGUUUCAUUAAUUUUAUUAUAUAACAUUAUUCAAACUUUAUCAUAUGCUUCUCCUGGUAAUUAUAUCAUUACAAACUCUAAAGAUGGAACUUUUGCUAUCGUUUACAAAGAAACAUCUACUACGAGGCAAAACGUUUUAGACUUACAGACAUUAUAUGAAUCUUCUCAAUGUCACACAAUACCUACUUUCUCGUGGCCUAAGUUGGACAGAUUAUGCAUAACACCAUUACAUGAACGCUUAAACAGAAUGCCACUUAUGUUUAUUCCCCGAAAAGGACACAAACGAAAAUUGAAAGCAAAAACUAGUACAUCAGAAGAAAUAAAUAAAUAAAUAUUAAUAGAGCAUUCAUUUAAUGUACAUUUGUACAUUAAACUAUUUUUAUACUUUAUAAGAGAUUUUAAUGAUUAAUUAAAUAAUAGAACAGAAUUUGUUCUAUUAUUGUAUCAAAAAGGAUCGUGUAUAUUUAUGAAUGUAGAAAUAUACGAAAUAGUUUUAGUAAGACUUUUUAAUAAACACAAAUUAUUUUAAUUUUAUACAUUAAUUAUACCGAUUAUCCUAUUUACGUGUUAUUUAACAAUUUUAACAUUGAUUCAAAAAUAAAUCUCUCUCUAUUGAACAAUAUAUGUAGGCACAGUAUAUAUAUACAGGUAACCUUCGAAGAACACGAAUACCUUCCGAAUUACAUGGUUUCAAACUACACGAUUUUCAAGUAAUUCUUUUGAAAAAGAAUAAAAUACAUAUAUUAUCUGAUAUAAAAUUAUUUCCAUAUGUCAUUUGCUUUUUUUGAUAAAAUAGAGUUAUGAUCAAAAGCAAGAUAGUUCAGGAUUAUAAAGGAAUUAUAACUUUUAUCAUGAAAUUGAAAAAUCACGUCUAUGACUUCUUAAUUCCAUUCCAUUUUAAUUGAAAUAAAUACACAUUACUUAUAAAUGUAAAUGUAAGUAUGUAAUUCAAAUUUCGUUGCGAUAUUUCUUUUAAAUUUUAUCAUGCAUUGCAAAAUUUUUUGUUUUAUUUUUCUUUUUGUCAACAAUAAAGCGUUAUAGUAUCUCAGAUGAAUACGACACUUUUAUUUUGAUAAUAAAAAUUUAAGAUGAAACGUUUUUUCAAAACUAAUUAAAAAAUUAAUUUGAAUUAUGUAAUAUAUAAGAUUUCUUAGAAGUAUUUACCAAUAUGAAUUCAAACAAUAAAAAUUUUUAAUUUUAUACUUGACAAAAAAAAAAUUUUAAACGUAACGUUUUUUUUUAUUUUCACACUUGAAACGGAAUCCCGUUUUUUGUAGUCUCAAAUAACACAAUUUCAAAGAACACGGAACCAAUUAAUCGUGUUU